AUGAUCGAGGUGGUUUGCAAUGACCGUCUAGGGAAGAAGGUCCGCGUUAAGUGCAACGCUGAUGACACCGUCGGGGACCUUAAGAAGCUGAUCGCAGCCCAAACUGGCACCCGUUGGAACAAGAUCGUCCUGAAGUGGUACACAAUUUUUAAGGACCAUGUGUCUCUGGGGGACUAUGAAAUCCAUGAUGGGAUGAACCUGGAGCUUUAUUACCAAUAGAGCAGAAUUCCUUCCCCCUGCCAAGUGCCCUGCCUUACCCUCCCCUCUCCUCUUCCCUUCUUCCCCCCACCCCCUCCUCUCCCACCCUCACCCCCA